AUGUGGCAACAGACCCCGCAAUCGACUGCUUGGUUUGUCUUGUCCAUAAUGGCAGGUGAACAAGGUGAACGAGACCUGGUUCGAAACGGCCCAUCCUCAAGUAUGUCAGUGCAUCCUAGCACGAGCAGUUACAAAAGGCUGCGGGGGUCAGCUGCAGAAGACGAAGCCAUCCUUUUACCUCUGAGCGACCAGAAUAUGUGGUAUUACCCUUCUCAUGGGUAUGACUCGGAAGAGGACAUGGGAACCAAUCCUCCUAGAGGGAAUUGGGGCAACAAACAUCUUCCUGGAGCGCGGUGGGCACGGAAUGGUAAAAUAACCUCUUGGGGUCCCGGAAUGGACGAUUGGGAGGCUGAGGAACGGUCACGAAAAAGGAUCAAGUUAUUGCUGCCCCAUAGAAAACGAUCGCUUUCGCCACCUACACUUUCGCAUUUAUCCCGUUCGCCGUCGCCGCCCCUCACCGCACCAUAUCCUCAAGCGUCUCCACAUCUCAGUUAUUCGUCCUUCGUUUUGGAUAAAGCAAUCACACAUACCUUCCGUUCCAAGCUGCUGGAUGAAUUAGAACAUGCCACUAACGGACUCAUAGAAGGAGAGGCUACGAUGAAAAGGGCACUAGGAAGGCUAUGGCAGGUGAUGAGCGAAGAUCCAGACCAAAAUAACCUAGACAAAAUUGUACCCAAACGGGAAGACGAGGAGGCAGACGGAAACACACAGACGUCCAACGUUCCCGAUCUCACCCCACCGAUCCAGAAACUAUUCUUUGUUUCAUAUCCCAACAAUACGUCAAUGUACGGGGAACAGUCUCAUUUUACCUCUCCUCAACAUCAGCAUGAGAAUCUAGAGCGAGCUAUGGCGGUUCUUCGAGAACUCCAGGAUGAUGGUAGGGAGUACGUUGAACGUCUGCAGGAGAUCAGGGAAGGACUCGGGGACGUUCGGGCACACCGGGAUGGGAUAUGGGAUAUGGUCCGAGCAAGGGCGAUACAGGAGCUACAGGACGCCGCCUUUGCUGCAGCAUCAUAA